UCUCCAUUGACCACCCUCUUCUCGCUUUCGUUGUUGUUGGCCCUAGGGUUCUUCAAUAUCGUCCUUUCCUGUGCGUUAUACGAUACUUACUAUCCACUGUUUGUGAUACUAGUGUUCUUGCUGGCGCCAAUACCAAACUCGAUAGCAGGAUGUGUGGCUAACUCGUCGUCCUACUAUGGCGGUUACGGAGAUAUGGAUGGCUCCGACCCUGUGAGCAACUUUGAAGCGUUCAUGAAGUUCCUUACCGCCAUGCUAGUUUCAAGCGGUACCUUCCUUCCCAUUGUCCUAUGGCGCAACGAUAUCAUACCUCGGGGAAGUUUCUUGUUGAGUCUAACAGGCGGGUUUUUGGUGUAUUUGAGCUUUGUGUUGUUUGGGAUGGGAUUCCAGACAAGCGACGAAGACAACUACGAUUUU